AUGAAGCAAGAGGCAGAGGGCAUGAUUACCAAGGUUAUGUACCAUAAGCUGGCAAACAAUGCAUUGGAAGUGUUGUCUGAGAGACUUGAGGACGAGCUUAUUGAUGCAGAGCAGGACUACAAGGAUGGGAAUCUCCAGGUAAAGAUACAAGGCGUUGGAGAGUAUGUGUUCAACAAGCAGCCAUACACAAUGCAGAUAUGGGCAUCGUCUCCAAUAACAGGCCCAAGGAAGUUCGAUCUUGGCAGAGACGCAUGGAUAGAUCCAAGAAGUGGAGUAUCUCUGCAAUCAUACAUGGGCAGGGAGCUAGAAAGGAUCAAUAUCAAGCAGAAACAGACAGGUGAUGAUCAGCAGUCAAAAGAAGUUGCUGAUGUACAAUCCUGA